AUGGCUCUGCGGGACCAGGCGGUCUUCGGACCCGGUUCCCGCGGGUCGUUGGACGAGGCUGGGGCCGAGGGGCGCGAGGCGGCGGCCCUUGCGGCGGCGGGAGUCGCGCUGGAGGACGAUGAGGAGGACGAUGGCCGCCGGGGCCUGCUGCGCUGGGACGGCUUCUCAGCCUGGCUACACUGCGUGUGUGUGGUGGGCUUCGACCUGGAGCUGGGCCAGGCGGUGGAGGUAAUUUAUCCUCAGCAUUGCAAACUCACUGAUAAAGAAAAAACGAACAUUUGCUAUUUGUCCUUUCCAGACUCAAAUUCAGGUUGUCUAGGAGACACCCAGUUUUGUUUUAGAUUCCGCCAAUCUUCUGGGAGGAGGGUCUCACUGCACUGUCUUCUUGAUGAAUUUGACAAAGAUUUACCAGUUUACUUAAAGAAAGAUCCUGCAUACUUUUAUGGAUAUGUGUAUUUUCGACAAGUUCGAGAUAAAACUCUUAAAAGAGGCUACUUCCAGAAGUCAUUGGUUUUGAUCAGCAAACUACCUUAUAUUCAUUUUUUUCACACCGUACUCAAACAGAUAGCACCAGAGUAUUUUGAAAAAAAUGAACCUUAUUUGGAAGCAGCCUGCAAUGACGUUGACCGAUGGCCGGCCCCAGUGCCAGGGAAAACAUUGCAUCUGCCUAUCAUGGGACUAGUAAUGAAGGUGAGGAUUCCCACGUGUCAUGACAAGCCUGGGACUACGCAGUUAACUCAGCAGGCAGAUACACACACAUCUAUUAUUUUGCCUACUGUUCAUGAGGUGGAUCUUUUCAGGUGUUUUUGCCCAGUUUUUCUUCACAGCCAGAUGCUUUGGGAGUUGGUGCUAUUGGGAGAGCCCCUUGUGGUCAUGGCACCGUCGCCGUCAGAGUCUUCAGAAACUGUACUGGCCCUCGUUAACUGUAUUUCUCCAUUAAAGUACUUUAGUGAUUUUCGACCUUACUUCACAAUUCAUGAUAGUGAAUUCAAAGAAUAUACUACCCGUACUCAAGCUCCGCCCUCAGUCAUCUUAGGAGUAACCAACCCCUUUUUUGCUAAAACACUACAGCACUGGCCACACAUUAUUCGAAUAGGAGAUCUUAAACCUGCAGGUGAAAUUCCUAAGCAAGUUAAAGUGAAAAAACUGAAGAACCUAAAAACUCUGGAUUCUAAACCUGGAGUUUAUACUUCUUACAAGCCAUAUCUAAACAGAGAUGAGGAGAUCAUUAAACAACUCCAGAAGGGUGUACAGCAGAAACGUCCUUCGGAGGCCCAAAGUGUUAUUCUCCGGCGCUAUUUUUUGGAACUGACACAAAGUUUCAUCAUUCCAUUAGAAAGAUAUGUGGCUAGCUUGAUGCCUUUGCAGAAGAGUAUUUCUCCGUGGAAGAGUCCACCCCAGCUAAGGCAGUUCCUUCCAGAAGAAUUUAUGAAAACGCUUGAGAAAACGGGGCCUCAGCUCACGUCUGGAAUAAAGGGCGAUUGGAUCGGGCUUUACCGGCAGUUUCUAAAGUCUCCAAAUUUUGAUGGCUGGUUCAAGACCCGGAGAAAAGAAAUGACCCACAAAUUGGAGGCCCUUCAUCUAGAAGCUCUUUGUGAAGAGGACCUCCUUCUCUGGAUCCAGAAACACACAGAAGUAGAAACAGUGGACCUUGUAUUGAAGCUGAAAAAUAAGCUGAAGUCAUUUUUUAAAUGAGAACAUUCAAGACUGGCAAUUGAUGAUAGAUCUCACUAGAAAUAUUUGGAUCAAAUGACUCAAAUGUAAUGACUCAAAUGGAUCAAAUGAUUCUAAAUUAUUUGAAAGACAUUUAAACAAUUUUAAAAAUUAUUUUAUGAGUAUAAAUGUAUGGCCUGCUCUUAGUAAGUGCACCAUAUGCAUGCAGUGCCCACAGAAGCCAAAAAAGUGACACCCCCUCCAUUGGCAGUGUUAAGCCAUGUGUAUGCUGGGACCUGAACCCACGUCUUCCACAAGUGUAGCCAGUGCCCUUAACUGCUGAACUCUCCAUCCCUCAAAGACACAUAAAACAGUCUUUUGAACUCUCUGAAACCAUGUCUCGCCUAGAUUUUAUGCCACAUAAUACCCUUAGGCAACAUCUGUAGAUGUACAGAAUGAUCUUUUAUUGACGUCCCUUUCCACCCCUCCCCCACUUGAUGUUCUCUACAGUUUUAGUUACUGUAAAUUCUAGGCUGAGACCUAAAGUUCCAAGUGAUCAUGCUAUAAAAGGGUGUUUAUAUAGCAAAUACAAUGUAUUGAUACAGACUCACUAAAAUCAUUCCUUAUGUAGUUGCAGGCUGACCGAGAGAAUUUACCUGUGAAACCUGACACUGUGGAGAAGUUACGGACACAUAUAGAUGCGAUUAUCCUCGCAUUACCGGAGGAUCUGCAAGGCAUACUGCUCAAGACUGGCAUGACAUGAUACUUAGCAGAUUCUCCUGCCAGAAAGGACUGUGAACCAUGAAGCAUACUGACAUUUUAUCUAGACGCACACAGGAGCUGUCUUGGUGGCAGGAGCACGGAAACCGGCAGCAGUUGCGAGAUACAGGUGGAAGGACUGAGCAUAUAAACAGACAUUUUUAGUGCAUUCUGUGGUGGUUCCACAAUACUGGAAUACCGAACGGCGUUUCCACGUCUGUAAUCAUGUUCUAAAGUGCUCUUAGGAGAGACCUGUGGGGCCAUCCAUGUAAGGCCUCCGAACUGCAGUGCCGGCACUGCAGAUAUUUUUUUAAUUGGUGCUGCUUUGCCCAAUCAAUGUUGAAACUCAGGGGAAUAUAAAAAUAAUGUUCACACUGGCUGUCUUCUUAAGAAGGAAAACUGAACUUCCGAACUGUAGUUAGAUAUAACUGGGGCUUAUGUAGUGCCUUCCAUUGUCCUAUAUGUUUCACAGGGUCCCGCUGCUAAGUUUAAAGCUUUUUCUUUUUUAAUUAUGAUAACUUUAAAGGCAUUAUAUCAAGUAAUCAUUUGCUUAAAAGUGUUUCUCGUUGCCCCUUGUGUUUAUUGACUGGUAUUUUAAAUUAUCAUGUGGUUCUCAUGUCACAACUCUACCAUUUUCACAAGUAAGACUUAGGAGUUUCUCCAAAGGAAGGAGGCAUAUGUAGUUCUGCUUAUGGGAGAGUUGAUUUCUCCCUUCCCCUUUCCUCCCUGGGCCUGUGUACCCUAAUGAGCACGAAUGUCUUUUGAAGACAUUCUUACUAUGAACACCAUAGUCAGUUGCUUUUUAAAAUAGUUAUUCUUAUGUCAAAGUACCCAUAAGCCAUUCAUGGAAUAAUUAUUUGAGAAUUUUACACAUUAUAUGUUGGGUGACACUAUUUCCCCUAAAUGGAUGAUUUUCAGAAGGCUUUUCCUGAUGUUGUUUGACAUGGGACCUAUUGUGUAAAUCAGCGUUAUACAUUGGUUUGUUUGUUUUCAUUUUGUUUGUACUACCUUGCCAAAAGCAGACUGAGAUAGUUUGGUUUGUGUUUAGAUGGGAGUGUAUGCAGAAGCCACUGUUCAGAUAGGUACACAUGAAGUAGCACAGAUGUAAAUAGCUGUGACUUCAGUCCCCUCCCUUCCAAACAGCCAAACCUAGGUGUAUGUGUCUGUCACACUGUGACUUCAGAAGCCACCUCUUGUUCUCCGUUGAUGUUAUUUCUAAGGGCAUUCCUGGUCUAGGAAGGUUUCUCUGUGCUUGUGACUGUGGUGUCAUAUCCAAGUGUGCCCUUAGUCAUGGAUACGGUCUCUUGAAGCAUACCACUGUCCUAGGAAGAAUAUGGCAUUUGGAUGAAAUCAUUUGUCUGAAUUGAAUGGGUUAUUUUGUGAAACAGUACUGACCUUUCAGAAAAGGGGCAACUACUUUUAUAUGCUAAAGUACUUCAUAACUUUCUGGGAAACUUUAUUUAGGUAGAAAUGGCCAUCUUAUUAUUUUUCAAAUAAAUGUAUUUUAAUAAUUUCACAAUUUAUAUGCAGUUUGUGACAUGAAUAUGGAAAUCAUUAGUGUUAUAUCAAGGAUUUUUGAAAUAUAUUUCUACAGGAUAUAUCAUUUGAAGUUUAUUUUGCACACCUAAAGAAAAACAUAAAAUAUCAAUUAGCAUGAAAAUGCUGUCUUUACAUUUACCACAUAUAACAGAAACUCAACACAUGUUGAAAACGAAAUCAUAUUCUCCUACUUUAUCUCUUAAUUUCAAAUUAUGUCUGUGCAAGAAUAGCUUAAGGUUGCAUUGGAAACCCAAGGAAGACUGAACAGUAACUUAAAUUUUUAUGUGAUUUUCAGAAUUGUCUCUUUCUCUGUUUUUAAAGAGUUUAGUAUUCAAACCCUGCCGUUUAAUGUGUUGUCUCCACCAGCAUCAGAAGGAUUCAGUGCUUUUAGGGUGUUAUGUAAUGCCUAGUGCCUUCUAUUUACAGUGGAAAAGAGGUUUUGUGGAGGCAUUUAUGGUCAUUACCAAAAGGUGAAUUAAAGGCCUUGGAUUUUAAAACGUG